CUUAUAUACGAUGGAGUCGUCGGUAAAUGAUAAUGCCUCGUAUGUUGGUGCAUAAUUAAGCAGACAUGAGAACUAUUUGGGGUGUAGCGUACUUAAUCUGCCGUUCACUGGACCAGGCCUAAUCCGCGGUGUGUUGGAAACAGGUGGCGCCUGGUCAGAGUGUGAAACGGUACAUGUCACCAAUAUAACUAUAUUUCAGGUCACGAUGACGGACAUAUAGCUGUCUAAAGCAACUUCCGUCCCUCACAUUCUGGUGACCAUGGUGGCUCUACUUCUCCUCUUCCUGUCUUGUGUCGGCACGACGAAUGGAUUCGGUAAAUUUUCUGUAUCUAUGGAGGAGAAAUGUGGGGAGACUGUCCACGUGGACGUAUUUGGGAAGCACGCUGGCCGCCUCCGUCCUACCCGUACCACUAAGUACAAACCAAACAUGAGGUGUACAGUAACUUUCUACACAGCCGAAUCACACCGCUUUGUCAUCGUCUUCCGCCGCCUCGACGUCGAGUUUGAACCUUUCUGUGACGAUGACUACCUGCAGAUUCAUGACGGAAACACAACGUCAGCGCCGAUCAUCCCAGGACUGCCAUCGAAAAUGUGUGGAGAAGAAAAACCAAAAGGGGAUUACGUCACAUCCGGUUCCAGUAUGACUGUAUUUUUCAGGAGUGACUCGUGGUACAAUGAUAAUGGGUUCGAUUUCAUCUUCACCAUCUUCCACACAGGUACCUGUGUUGAGGGUGAAAUGAAGUGUGGUAACGAGCGGUGUGUGUCAAUGUACCUAGAGUGUGACGGAUGGAACAACUGUGGCGAUGAUUCCGACGAGUGUCCUAUAUCUACACUCAUCGUCCUCGCCGUCGUCAUCGGCAUUGUCUUUGUUGGUAUCAUCGUUGCGUCUACCGUCCUCUACUUGCGGCGGAGACAAACGACAAAAUCGAGGAAAGAGAAGAAAGAGGAUAAGAUGUUAUGUAUUCACGACCACAUUCAUCACAUAAUACACUCCCAGGCUGAAAGUAACGAGGACUCGACAAGGAAAGAUGACACGCUGACACGGACAUCAGUAGGACUACCGUGGUAGGUUACUAUAGACAGGACUACCGUGGUAGGUUACUAUAGACAGGACUACCGUGGUAGGUUACUAUAGACAGGACUACCGUGGUACACUCGACAGGACUAUUGUGGUAUUACACUCUCGGAAGGAAUACCGUGGUAAAGACACGGCAAGACUAUCGUGGUCUACCCUGGUUUCAGAGUGCUUUCGGCUGGACUAAUGUGGUGAAGCGCUGACUGUUGGUAGGACUCUACACUCUUGACAGGGAAUACCCUGGUAGAACACUAUCGACAGGAUUGCUGUAGUGCGCAUGCCCCGGAUUGCCUUGUCGGAUAGCCGUAAUACUACCGCGAUAGAACACUGUCAGUAGGACCUACAUGCAGGACUUUGCAUCUGUGGAAUAGUAGACCUCUGAUGGCUUCCGUGAAUAUGACGUCAGCAGUGUGAGUAACGAUAACAUUACAUACAAUUGUAAAUUACAUAUAAUUGGUUAUAGGACAAUACGUCAUAUCAUGGACGCUACAAUAAUUAUGUGAUGUCGUAGGUUACAUUGGCAACCAUAUUAGCAUUAUCAGUAGUUACUUAACAUCAGUACAAGGAUCAAGAUGUAUAAAUCAUCUUGUUAACCAGAAGAAAUUGGCCAAUGCAAAAAUGAUGUCACUAAUAGAAUGUCAGUACUUAAGAACUGAAAUGGUGAAGCGUCCGAAAUUUGACGUAUAAGGCUUUUGUUUCAAGCGAGUGUAACUCUCUAAGGUCACUUUAGACCAGACUAUGGUAAGACAAAUCGUCUAUGGAGUUUGAGAUUGUGUUAACCGUAUAAUAUAAGGUACAUAAUUAUGCUAAAUAUAUCGUUAAGUUAUCGACUCCCCAUAUUUAGCGAGGUAUGGCUGAAUGUGUCGAUAGAUUUUAUAUUUACACCAUCAGGCGUAAGUACUGAAAGGUAAUAUUUUUUCUAAUUAUCUAUUAUACAAGGAUUGUGAAAUUAAUAAAAGUUUGUAAUAUUAUGUACAUAAUGAUUGUUAAAUAACCUAUGACAAUAACUUUUGUUUGUAUGUUUUGUGUAAUAAAAUGGAAUCGUUUUUAUAGAAAUA